AUGCCGCUUGCCUAUGUAGCCCCAACUGUUGUCGACGAGAAACCUGUGGUUUAUGUGGAAGAGGAUGAAGUUAAGCAACAGACUCAGAAUUGGAUGAAUGCUUUAGUAGUCUAUACAAUGGGUGACACACUGAGCUAUACUUAUAUGAGUAACUACGUUACUCGUAAUUGGAAUAUUGUGGCCUUCCCCGAGGUAUAUUACCAUGACGAGGGAUGUUAUAUCGUCAAAUUUCAAAGCCCAGAGGAUAGAUAUGAGAUUAUGUUUGCUGGCCCUUAUACAAUGAAUAGUAUACCUCUUGUAUUGCAGUUCUGGACUCCGGAGUUUGAUUUUCAUGAAGAAUAUCCUCGAACAAUGCCGUUAUGGGUGAAAUUCCCUACCCUGCCUAUGAUCUAUUGGGGACCUAGGACACUUGGUAAUAUUGGAAGUAGAUUGGGUAAUCCUUUAUUUGCGGAUGAAUGUACAGCAAAGCAGAGUAAGGUCUCUUACGCUAGGGUACUGGUUGACAUGGAUGCUACGCAAAAACUUCCAAAAGAAGUGCAAAUUGUAGAUUCUAAGGGAAAUUCCUUCAGGCAGGAUGUGGUAUAUGAAUGGUGCCCUAAGUAUUGUCCUAAGUGUCUAAAGUAUGGGUAUAUUUGUGCAGAUGAGGUAAAGAGAGGGACGCCAGCUCCACAGCACAACCCAAAUCAGAGAGGCAAAGCACAUCAGAAACAACAUGUUCAGAGAUGGGUAUGA